AUGUACCGACUAACGAUCCGUGCCAGUAAAGAAUCCACGGCACAGAUUUUGGCGGAUUUGUUAGCGGAACAAUUUUAACCCCAAGAGACCAUUUUCGUGAUAGCUCAUAAAUAACAUCUUUUGAAAAACUGAAAAAAAAUAAACUAAGAUUGGAACCAUUGUGGAAAAAAUCACUAAUGCUACUGAAGGAGUAUGUGACUUAAAAUGCAGCAACAAUGAAACACCAUCCAAUUCCCAUUAUGGUAAAAUGCUGUCAAUUCUAAAUUAUAAGUGGAAUAUUUGUUGAAAUGUCUAUAGUAGUGCUGAGAAAAGGUGAAUGAAUGUCAUCUUGAAUGAAUAUUCUCGGUGUACCAGAAAAAUGACUGUCUUUGUUUCAUCCGAUGUUCUUCAAUGUUGCUUUGAGUCAUUUUUGUUAUUGUGUUAGUUUUAUUUGACAGUAAUCGUGCAGUCUUACCAGGGCUCUUAACUCAGUUUCUAAUUAAUGAAAAGAUUUUUUUUUUUUUUUUUUGCAUUUAAAUCAGAUGCUACUGCUAUUGAAUGCAUUUUCCUUUGGAAUCAUUAGCUUCAAUAUCUAGUAGUAAAUUGUUUAAAAGUCCUGUCACUUAGUGUGUGGUGUGUCCAUGGCUGUAUUAAGGUUACUGGUCAAUCAAUAGAGGGCAGGACUUCAGUUAGCAAUAGGAUCAAGAGGCCAGCAUGAGGAUAUUUGUGAAGCCCAGUCAUGGUUUUUUAAAAGAUGUGUAUAGCUAUUAGGAGUGAAACAGGUGUGUAUACUGUAUGCAUGUGCGUAUGUAUGUAGGGGGCUUGAAGUGGGUGUGACCGGGUGCCGCUGUCCUUUUGUAUGCUUUUGAAUCCUAGUGUAUCGCAAUGAAUGCAAUUUAUUAGUUAUUAUUGAAUAUUAAAAAAAUCGCACUUAAAUGUGCAGAUCUGAUUUUGUAUCAGUUGACAGUACCUUAGAAAUUAUUUAUUGCAUUAGGUUAUCUAAUUUCUACUUCCCAGGAUGCAAUCCCAAGUUACAUUGGUCUUGUAGCAAGUAUUAAUUUUAUUGAUAACAGUCAUGCACAUUACUUGAGCUUGUCAGUGAAGGACUUACCAUUGCUUGAUAUCAACAUUGCUGGUAGAUCUUACAAGGAUUUGGGUUAAACUUUGCGGCUGCAGAAUUUUUGUGACUUUUGUUGGUCAGUUCCAGCAUCCUGUUCAUAGUUGUAAAGAAAUCUGUGUAUGAGUAGCUCCAUUCAUUCCUGAUGUGUGGAUUCAUUAAUGUAAAUUAAUUGGAGAUGCAUGAAAGUUGGUACAGAGAUCAUUAUUGUAUAGAAUUUAUCCUAAAGUAAGUUAUUAAUGUAGACUUCAUAACAGAUUGUAAUUAUGACAUAUUUUGGUUCUUAUUGUGCAUUAUUGGGCAGCAAAGACAUGUAUUAUAUAUACUGGUCAGAGGUGUAGACAGUAGUUAAGCAGUUUCGUGGGCCUUGAAUCAAGUGAAGUACAUCUCCAUUUCAUGUAAAUGUCACUUUUAUAUUUUCUCAGCUGUGGGGGCUUUCUCAGCAGUAGGGACUUAGCAGUCUUCAACUUCAACUUUUGAAAUUGCUUAGUGUUAUCAUACUUCAAAAUAAAGAAGCUUUUUGCAAAUUAUAUAACCAAGUGAUAUGGAUCUUGGGAUUUUAGGAAAGCUUCAGAUCAAGACCCUUCAUAGUUAAGAGCUCUUGUUUUCCUGAUGGUCAUCAUAGCUGUUUGUAUUAGUCAAAUUGACAUGAGGAAAACUAUCUGUGGUCAUGAGGUGGCUAAUCAUAAAAUCUCCAAAUAGGAUAUUGUGCAUACAUCACUAUUAUUAGUAAACAAACAUGUUGAUCUGGUAAGGAAAAGUUUUCAAUCCAGUCUGUUAGUAAUAUUUGGAUCAUUAUCAAUCUUAACCUCUAUCCUGGUUAAAGUUAUUUGUACUGUUAGGCUGCUCUGCUUGACAUGCAAAAACAUUUUUGUACCGUUAAUAUCAGUUGGCACUUUCCCCAUUAGAAUAAGAUAGAAAUCCUCUUGUGAUAUGCCUGGUAUCUUGGUUUUGUAAAUGCUGCCGAGGGUUCAGAUAAGCUCUUAUAAAGCUCAUGACAGCUGCACUUGAAUCAGUUUCAAGAUAAUAAGAAUGAUAGUAAAAAGCAUUUUAAAUUUGGUAAUUAAAUCUUGUUACACAAGAAACUAAAGUUAAAAGCAUUUUUCAAAGUUUAAUUGAUUUCAACUUAGAGUAUCUAAAAAGUUUACAUGUAAAUAAAUUAUUCACAUAUCUUUAUUUAUUAAUAAACAUGCAUUUAUCCAAGGUAAUUUUAUGUAUCAGAGGACUUGUGAGGCUGGUAGCAAAGUUAUUUUUUGUACUGGUGACACUUUGUAGGUUAAUAAAACAAAUAGAAUCCUGUCUGUAAAUAGGAAGAUCUAUAAGUUAACCAUUUGUUUCACAAAAAAAAAGUUGAUAAACAUUAUAAUGUAGCAAAACUUGACAAUAUUGGAAUUUAAAUUAUAAAUUUGCCUAGAAUAGGAAAGUUUUAUUUUAUAAUGAUCCAGAACUCUCAAGAUGUUCUUUCAUGCUUAAAUUACUUGCUCUUUCUGAUUGUGAGUUGCAAGUAAAGAAAAAAUCUAAACACAUUCACAGCCUUGGAUAAUAUGUUCAUAGUCAUCUGAAAAAUUUUCAGGUUAGUGUGUUUUUAUAUUUAUAUAUAAAAUACACACAUUCACACAUGCAUGCAUACACACAUUCACACACACAUAUACACAUUUACACACAUGCAUACACAUUCACACACAUGCAUACAUAUACGCAUUCACACACGCAUACAUAUACGCAUUCACACAUGCAUACAUAUAUGCAUUCACACACGCAUACAUAUACACGUGCAUAUGUAUACACACACACACAUAUAUAUAUAUACAUGUACACAUUCACACAUGCAUGAACAUCCACAAAUUCAUGCAUGUGCACAUAUUCGCGCACAUUUACGUACAUACGUGUGUGUAAUGGAAAAAACCUGUAAAUUUUGUAUCACAUAAGUUAGAAUUCUAUUUGUAAAGAGCCGUGACUAACUUUAUUUAUUGUGUGUAAAGUUUCUUAUUUUUACAUUACGAGAAUUAUUAUAAGGGAAUAUGAGGAUGAUAAUUUGUUGCAUUUGUAGUUCAUUGUCAAGCACUGGACAGACAGUUAAGUUAACAGCACUUUUUAAUAAACUUUUAUAUUUCUCUUGUACUGUUUAGCACCAGCCUAGUCAUCUGAUUUCCACCUUUUAGCUGCAUGUCUGCAUCUUGUCAGGGCGUGUUGCCCAGUAGGGUUUUAUAACACUUUUUUCUUAGACAUUCCAUUCAGACAUGUAGCAUUGAAUUUAUUUGCUUUAUCAUGUAGAUUAUUGCUUUUUGGGUUAUUACAAGCUUGUAAAUGCAGCAUUUUCGGCAUUGGUAUAUUUAUGAAAAACGGCUGUUAUCUUGCGUGUCUCUUCAGUUAUGAUGCUGAACUGUUGGUAGUAACAUCUGCAAAAGUUAAUGCUAAAGCACAUUUCCCUUGAGCAUGGGUAAAGUCCCUUGCAUAAGAACAAGUCACAUGUAAUCUCAGAAGUGGUUGAUGAAUUGUUACUAAAGUUGUUAAAAGUCUGUUGUAUGGUAUAUUGUAGAGUAGGUGUGAAACAGUGGCCUGCAUUACUCAUAUAGAAUAUGGUCUGCCUUGUAACAUUGUGGAAUGGCCAGUGAUAGUUGAUUGUGUAAUCUGCAACCAAGUGGAACUGCCUGCACAAACCUGUUAAAGAAUUUUAUUUCAUGGGGUAAAAAUAGGCUUAAUUGAUGAUGUGUUCUGGGGAUGGUAAGGAAGUAAAUGUUGAUACUGUAAAUGGUAUACUGUACUUGUUAUUUUAAGGUAUUAAGAAUGCUCUUUUGGCUUCAAGAGAAGGUGCGGCGAUAUUGAGACCAUAGUUCUAUUAACUGAACCUCCCAGAAUGUUAACAAUUUGGCCCUGGUUGAUAUGAAAUAACUCAAAGAAAAUGGUUUUGGAGAAAACCAGGGAAACAAUUUUGUAGUACGUAUUUAUUUUAUAUAAAAUAUUAGGCUAUUCUGCAGAAAAAAUAUUAUUCAUCACUAAUUUAUUGGUAGAAUAUUGAUAUUUCCUUACUGAAAAUAAUUGUUUAUGUAAUGGAUGAAUAAUCAUAUUUAUCAAAGGUUUUAUUUGUAUAUAUGCAGUAUGAUACAUUGUAUGCAUACUGCCUAUACAAAAUUUUAAUGUACAUUAGUGUAUAUGAAAAGACUUGCUAAAUCAUAACAUCACAAAAAAAAAAAAACUGGAUAGUAUCUGAACCCAUUACUAGCUAGUUGUAAAAUUUGAAGGAGAGGACUCUAGCCACUAUACCAUGCUGACCUAAUGAGAUUCACCUGACUAAAAAUGUUUCUGUACACUAGGGAAGUUAGGCUGGCAUGGUGGUGUGGUUAGAGCACUUGCCUGCUAGUUUUAUGACAGCUUGCCAUGUGCUCAAAUCCUGUUUGUUCCUCUAGUGAUACGUGAUGUGCAUUAUUCUAAUAAUUCAUGCGACCUUAUAUCCAUUAGCAGCAUUACCAUUUUGCACCAAAAUGAGAGAAUUUUCCUUCAUACCUUGGGCGAAUCUGUGUUUUGAAGGUGAGGAAGGCCUAGUAUUACUGAUGUAAACAGUCUGUCCCUCUCCCCCCUCUAUUCAUGCAGUUAGUGUCUGAACAUGUACAAUAAGAUUGUUUUCAUUCAGUGGACCAUUUUCAUUGCCCUGUCACAUUUCUAGUUAUUAGUCUAGGCAUCCAAUAGGAGUACUGUGAUAAGAAAGUUAAGUGAGAAACUACGCCUUUUACAAAAAAAUGAGUUAAUGACAUGGUAAGAGGGUGGUGCAUGGGUCAGUAUUAGAGAAUCAACAUUUCACAUAAAUUCACAAUGAGGCAAUAAUGAGAGCUUGUGCAAUGAGUAAUAUUAAAUAAGAACUAUUAAUUUUUGGGCUUUUCGGAGGUUUGAAGAAUGAAGACCUAUUCUUCUCAUGUUCACUCCUUAAGUAGUGAUAUUCAUUGAUAGUGCCGGUUUCAGGAAUGUAGUCUGUGCAAAUUAUGGAAGUUUACUGUAUUAGAAUGCAAAAUUGAAGGACUUUUCUUUUUACAGCUAAGUUUUGAUAUACAAAAUGUUUCCCUGGGGUUUCUUUCAUAGCCUGAUGUGUUCCAUAUUGAAAUUAUUGUAUGUAAGUGAAUGGUAAAUAAAUGUGUAUAUUGCA